AGUCCUAACCAAAUCACAGCUAUCUCUCUGCAGAUUUCGGCAGAUUAUUUACUCUAAUUUCAGUAAAUUCUCAAAAAUCAGUAUAGUAAUCAGAAUUUAUUGAAUUUGUUGUUGGAUUGAAAUUUUUAGGGAAUCGAUGGGGGUGCUGAUGUCGAAGAUGUGGUUCAUGUUGUUUCCGGCAAAAGAGUACAAGAUCGUGGUGGUGGGGCUGGACAACGCCGGUAAAACGACGACGCUUUACAAGCUCCAUUUGGGGGAGGUGGUCACCACGCAUCCAACUGUCGGUAGCAACGUUGAAGAGGUUGUCUACAAAAAUAUUCGAUUUGAGGUGUGGGAUCUUGGUGGGCAAGAUAGGCUUAGGAAGUCGUGGACAACUUAUUAUUGUGGGACGCAUGCGGUUAUAGUAGUGAUAGACAGCACUGAUAGAGCUAGGAUCUCCAUAAUGAAAGACGAGCUAUUUGGGCUGCUUCCAAACGAGGAUCUCCAGAGUGCAGUAGUGCUCGUAUAUGCAAACAAGCAGGAUCUGAAGGACGCCAUGACCCCUGCUGAGAUAACCGAUGCUUUAUCCCUUCACAGUAUCAAGAAUCACGACUGGCACAUCCAAGCUUGCAGUGCACUAACUGGUGAAGGCCUAUACGAUGGUUUGGGCUGGAUUGCACAAAGAGUAGCUGGAAAAGCAACGGCCUAGAAGCACUCAAAUCAUCUGAUGUACCUUCUAAUUCACUACAACUGAAUACACCUAUCCCCAGUGUUUUUUAUGUCUUUAUCAAA